CAUGUUUUCCUUUGGAGCAAGCAGGAAAUACCCAAGGGCAUUUCUAUAUCAAAAUUGCAAAAACAAUUCAAAGAGCAGAGAAGUGGAACCAGAAUAGAAAGUUCCAGAAAGAUUGUAGUCAGGGAGGAAAGAGAGAACUCUAUGCCAGAAGCCUUCAGGCUCCUCUGCCCACCAUAUCCUCGGUGUUCCUACUUCUUCAUGUCUGAACAGAGGCCAGGCUCAUUUUGACUCAGUGUCUGUGCCUGUCCUCUGUAAGCCAUGUGGCUCUCUCUGGUGGCCCUGGUGGGCCUGUGGUACCUCCUGUGCUUGUACAGGGAGAGACAGGUGGUAAGUCACCUCCAUGACAAGUAUUAUGUGUUCAUCACGGGCUGUGAUUCCGGCUUUGGGAACCUGUUGGCCAGACAGUUGGUUGAUCGGGGCAUGCGAGUGCUCGCGGCUUGCUUCACCGAGGAAGGGGCCCAGAAACUUCAGCAGGACACCUCCUACCAGCUGCAGACCAUCCUCUUGGAUGUCACUAAGACAGAGAGCAUCAAGGCGGCAGCCCAGUGGGUGAGGGACCAAGUGGGCGAGCAAGGCCUCUGGGCCCUAGUGAACAAUGCAGGUGUGGGUCUGCCCAGUGGUCCCAAUGAAUGGUUGACCAAAGAAGACUUUGUGAAAGUGAUCAAUGUGAACCUGGUAGGACUGAUUGAAGUCACCCUGAACAUGCUGCCCAUGGUGAAGAAAGCCCGGGGCAGGGUGGUCAACAUGUCCAGCUCCGGUGGUCGUGUGGCUCUCAUUGGUGGUGGUUACUGUGUCUCCAAGUUUGGUGUGGAAGCCUUCUCUGACAGCAUCAGGCGUGAGCUCCAUUUCUUUGGAGUGAAGGUCAGCAUCAUUGAACCAGGGAACUACCGGACAUCCAUUCUGGGCCAUCAGGGCCUGGAGGCACGCCUGAAGAAGCUGUGGGAUCAGCUGCCUCAGGAGACCCGGGAUAGCUACGGAGAGGAGUAUUUCCGCAUCUGUGAGUCCCUAGGUGGGAGUGGGCUCUCUGAGAAGGGCCAGGAGAUCUCAGGGUUGCUGACUGACUUUUGCAUGGAGCAUGCCAUUGUCUCCCGGAGUCCCCGCAUCCGCUACAACCCUGGCCUCGAUGCUAAGCUCCUCUACAUCCCCCUGGCUAAGUUGCCCACCUCGGUGACAGAUUUCAUCCUGAGCCGAUAUUUGCCAAGGCCAGCGGACAGUGUCUGAACUGGGGAGUUCAAGGGGUGGUUGGUGGGGUAUAGAGGAGGGGACAAAGAACUGUGAGAUCACAAG